UGAUCAUAGUAAUAUCCAUAAAUUCCUUUCUGGGUUCUUCCUGGGUGUGUGAUGUGCGUGUGUCUGCGUGAAGAUGUACGUAACGAGGCCACUGUCGAUGUACAGAAGAAGUCCGAGCGCCAUGGAAGUGCCGACGCCGGAUGCUCCAUAUUCCGGCUACCUGGUCAUCACCGACGAGGAAGCCGACGCCGCAGACAGCUACUGCUGGGGACUCUGCCGACGCGGCAAGGUCAAGAAGCUUCCUUUCCCACAAGACAAGAUCUUCACCAUCGUUCAUUCGUCGGAGCAUUAUCGGGACUACGCCGUUGAGGUUGUCUUCAUCCCUGUCCCUGACCAACCUCUCUCUUCCAAUCGCUAUUUUGUCAUCAGAGCAAAUGGCAGACACAAAGGGAAAGCAUGCAAAUGCGCAAGGGAGAGGGACAUAGUGAGUUGCUGCUUCAGCAAUCUGUUGAAUGAUAAGAAGCCAAAGGCAUUUAAUGUGAAGGACUUGUACCAAAUAUUCAAGAUUCAUACUCACCAGAGUGGUGGCUUCUUUGCAAGAUCCAUUGUUCCUGAUGGCAUCGCUCCCUCCUUCCUUAGGAGAAAAGGAUGGACCCUUCACACCUCAUCAAGAUCCUACUCCAAGAGAUCUUGCAGGAAGCUCUCAGAGGCUCUUGGUGUGGACACAGCUCUGAGAUCUCAGCUCCCACCUUUCCACUUCCCCUACAUUAGGCAACGCUCUGCUCCAGUUGUUGUAGGAAGAUGGUAUUGUCCAUUUAUAUUUGUAAGGGAAGGAGUAAACAGGCGAUUCAGGAGGCAAAUGAAGAAGUCCAUAUUUUACGGCAUGACACUUCAGCAAAGGUGGGAGGAGAUAUAUUCUCAUGGAAGAGAAGAGAUCACAGAAGAAAACGGCGCCAUUCUUGUGACUGCUGACGUGGAGAGAGAGGUGGUUAUGGUGGGUGGAAUGCAAGCAAGCAAGAGUGAUAGGGUCGAUCCUAAUGGUUUUUAUUGGUACAGAGCUUAUGAUCCACACAAAAGGACAAGGGCAAGUGUGGGAUUGAACACAGCUAUAGUUGAGAAUAUGAGAUGGGUUGAAGAGGAAGGAGGGAGGCCUUGUGGGAGAGAAAGGGUAGUGAAAGUUAGAGAACAAGUGAGACGGUUGGAGGGUAGUGAAUGGCAGAAACUUAGCUGCUAUGUGUUGGUAGAGAGCUUUUGUUUGAGGAGACUGGAUGGCAGAUUACUACUGAAAUAUGACUUCAGGCACACCCAGAAGAUCAGAUUCAAAUGGGAAUAACUUAAUUUGUGCGGAUCAAGAAAAAAAAUGCGGAAAUCGCUAUGAAAUGCUGAAGAAGGAAUGUAAUCACUAGAAAGUUUAAUAAUAACAAGUUUCGAUACAAGAAAUGACAUCAAAUUCAUGUUGCACACUUGUUAUGGGAUUUUUUAUGAUUACAUUCCUUUCUUGAGACUUCAUAAUGAUUCUCCCAAAAAAAAAAAAGGGCACUCUUCCUUUCACUCUAGCUUUGUCUAUUUUGCGGUAAUUCAGGACAAAAGCUGUACUGAAAAUUAUGUCAUUCAGUUUUGCAGCAGGUUUAGUGAU